AUGGAGUGUGAGUUUGAAAACCCCGGUGACGGUGGUGGAACCCCAACACCGCCGCCGGAUCUGGGGGGCACAACGACAUGGCAGGGAGGGACAAGCGCAGGCAAGGUAUCCUUCCGAGAUAAGCUUAUGGGAGGCAAGCGUGCGCCAGCAUCGAGGAAGUCUGCAAACCUUAGGGAUGAGGGUAAGAUGCAAGUGAGCUUUGUUAAUGGGAAUGAUAGGCUUCCUGAGGUGUCAGUGUCGGAAGAAGUCCUGAAGGAGCUUUGUGCUCCCUGGGAAGAGGCUCUUGUGGUCACCUUGCUGGGGAAGCGACUAGGCUAUCGUACCAUGAAGUCAAGACUGGUGAACCUGUGGAAGCUGUCUGGUGAGUUUGAAUUGAGGGACGUGGAUAAUGGGUUUUUCAUGGUUAAAUUCGACAACCAGGCAGAUCGUACCAAAGUUAUGGAGGGCGGCCCGUGGAUGAUCUUCGAUCACUACCUUGCGGUGGCAACGUGGAGCCCAGAAUUUAUUUCACCGGAGGCAAAGGUGAUGAAGACUUUAGCCUGGAUCAGAUUCCCGGGACUGAAUAUGGUGUUCUACGAUGAAGGUUUCCUUAUGGGGCUAGCAUCGGUGAUAGGGGUGCCGAUCAGGGUCGACACCAAUACCCUGAAUGCAGAACGAGGUUGCUUUGCGCGAGUUUGUGUGGAGUUAGACCUGUCUAAGCCAGUAAUUGGUAAGGUCAAGGUGAGGGAUUUUGGCACAGGGUGGAGUAUGAGGGACUCCACAUCAUUUGCUCGAACUGUGGCUACUAUGGACAUAUGGGAAGGCAAUGCAUCGAGCCACCAAGAGCCCCUGAGAAGGUAA